CGUGUAGAGAACAUCAAAUUUUAAUCCAGAUUACUUUCCCGGGAAAGCGAGAGAGAGAUGAACCUUCAAACGUUCAGCCCAAAACCCUUCUUCACUCCCCUCGGUGCCUUAAACCCUAGGCCUAUUUCUCAUUCCUUCUUCUUCUCCCCACCAGACCCUAACGUCGAUCCUGGUCUUAGCUGGAAUCGCUUACUCUUCCCCUCUUCUCCUCGAAACCCCAAUUUUAUCAAAAAAUCUCUCUCUCCCUUCACGAUUUCAGCAACUUCUGAGCCAGCCCGGAACUUUAACUCAAACCGUGACCCUGCUUCCAAGCCUAAAACGAAAGGUCGUCGUCCGAAAAGAGAAGUUUCGAAAGAAGUUGAAAAUUCCGGCGAAGUUUUUCCGACGACUAUCCCGCGGAAACCGAGACGAGGCCGAAGGAGAGAAGCGGAUGCUGUGGAAGAUUUCAUUCGCAACUCGCUGGAACGGACGUUUGACUCAAUUCGACAGCAGAAUGCGGAGGUGUUGGAGGACAAAGAGCAGGUUCUGAAAGACAGAGUCGAUGAUGAAGUUGAUGAUAACGAUGAUGAAGAUGACCGCGAUGGUGAUCCGAGAAAGAAGGAGGUGGUGGUUGAGGAAGAUGACCCGAAUUGGCCGUUGGAUGCGGAUGUGGGGUGGGGGAUUAGAGCGUCGGAGUACUUCGAGAAGCAUCCUAUCAGGAAUGUGGUUGGGGAGGACGGUGUUGAGAUUGAUUGGGAAGGGGAGAUUGAUGAUAACUGGGUCAAAGAGAUUAAUUGCUUGGAAUGGGAGAGCUUUGCGUUCCAUCCUAGUCCUUUGAUGGUUCUCGUCUUUGAAAGAUACAACAGGGCAACUGAUAACUGGAAAUUCUUGAAGGAGUUGGAGAAAGCAAUCAAGAUCUACUGGAAAGCAAAAGAUCGAUUGCCUCCCCGGGCUGUCAAAAUUGAUAUCAACAUUGAGAGAGACUUAGCUUAUGCCCUCAAAGUUAGAGAAUGCCCACAGCUCUUAUUCCUUCGAGGAAACAGGAUCUUAUACAGAGAGAAAGACAUCCGAACAUCUGAUGAAUUGGUUCAAAUGAUUGCUCAUUUCUACUACAAUGCAAAGAAACCUUCAUGGAUUGAUGAUGCAGCUUUAGCUCCACCAUUUUAGUUCUAAUCCAGAAUGCAGGUCAAAGCAAAUAUAUCAAGAAUGCAUGGUAUUUGAGAGCCAUUGCUCAUAUGGGGGAGAUUGCUCUGCAGCCCACUCUACAGGAAAUCCAUGAAGGUGAGGAAAAUACACAAUAGUUAUAUGACCGUGCCACCAUUCUUUUCAUGUGCAACAUGUACCAUGUGACAAUGACUAGUAGAAAUUGGUAGAAUGGGAGGCUUUCUAUGUAUUAAUUUUUUCCAAACCUCCAUGGAGCAACUGGAUUUCCUUAAAGAAGAAUAAACAUCCAGCCUGAAAACCUAAUGUAUAGCUCUAUUGAAGACAUGUUAUUGUGUAAUUUAGUUAUCAUUUGGGUGUCGAUACGCAACUCAACUUAAUCCAACUAUUUUCGGUUGGUUACACAAAUGACAAAUUUUGUUCUGUGAGUGAGUGAGUGCGCUCUAUCAAGAGUAACGUUUCUUGUAAAACAAUUGGUCUUUAGAUUGUUUUCUACCAUUGCAGCCAAUGUUUGCUUUGGUUUU